GUCGUGGUUUAGCCAGAUCGAUCUUUCGCUCGCUUGUUCCACGAGCAGGGCACACGAUUCUAUUCUGCUGUCGCCAUUGCUUCCGGAGCCGCGGCGGCCUAGAAAAGGCCGGGAAAGGCCAGCCCCUUCGUCCCGGGCCCAUGACCUCGGACUGGUUCCGGAAACGCUUCCUGGGGAAGACCGACCCGGGAGCUCGGGGACAGGAGCAGACGCCUGGCCGGGCCCCCACCCCGCCGCUUUACUGCAGGCCGAAGUUUCUGCGGGGCGUGGGCCUCGGGGCUCGGGAGCCUGGCCAGCGGCCCGUCUACUCUCCAGCCCGGGACCACCCGUUGCCCUGGCAUACGGGAUACGCCGAGGUCAUUAAUGCAGAGAAGUCAGAGUUCAAUGAAGACCAGGCAGUGUGUUGCCCGCUCUCAAUCCGCCGCCAGGAGGGUGGUUCUGAAGAGGAGCAGGAAUGGCUAAUCCUGUGUCAAGAGGAGUUCAUGACUGGCUAUUAUUGGGCACUGUUUGAUGGCCAUGGGGGCCCAGCUGCUGCCAUCCUUGCCUCCAACUAUCUGCACACCUGCAUUCGGCAGAAGCUGGAGGCUGUGGUGGAGGGUGUCCUGGCUACCCAACCCCCCAUGCACCUGAGUGGCCACCCGAUCUGCCCCAGUGACCCACAGUUCGUGGAGGAGAAACACAUAAGGCCUGAGGAUGUGGUGGUAGGAGCACUGGAAAGUGCAUUCCAGGAAUGUGAUGAGGUGAUUGGCCAAGAGAUGGAAACCAUGGGCCAAUCAGGUGGCUGCACAGCCCUGGCCGCCCUUUACCUCCAGGGGAAGCUGUAUGUGGCCAAUGCAGGGGAUAGCAGGGCCAUCUUGGUGCAGAAGCAUGGGUUCAUGCCCCUGAGCUCAGAAUUCACUCCUGAGACCGAGAGGCAGAGGAUCCAGUAUUUGGCCUUUGUCCACCCUAAGCUCCUGGCAGAUGAGUUUACACGACUGGAGUUUCCCCGGAGACUGAAGGGGGAUGACGUGGGUCAGAAGGUCCUGUACCGGGACUAUGGGAUGACAGGCUGGGGCUACAAGCGUGUGGAGAAGGCUGACCUCAAAUACCCGCUGGUGCACGGGCAGGGCAGGCAGGCUCGUUUGCUAGGCACGCUGGCUGUGACCCGCGGCCUGGGAGACCAUCAACUGAAAGUCUUAGACACGGACAUUGAGGUCAAACCCUUCCUGUCAUCCAUUCCCCAGGUACAGGUGAUGGACCUGGAGCUGCCCAGUGUUGGGAAAGAUGACAUCAUCAUCAUGGCAACAGAUGGUCUGUGGGACAUCCUGUCCAGUGAGCAGGUGGCCCAGGUGGCCCGGAGUUUCCUCCAAGAGAACAAAGGAGAUCCCUACAGGUUCUCGGAGCUAGCCCAGGCCCUGAUUUACCAGACACAAGGAAAGGAGACUAUUCCCCAGGGCACUUUGGACAGGGAAAGGCUGGUAUCAUAUGAUGAUGUCUCCGUGUUUGUGAUCCCUCUGCACAAAAUGGAAAGAGGGAAUGGAGGAUCCUGAGGACUUCGGGUUCAGUGAUAAAUUGGUCCAUGAUACGGGAAAGCGCGUGUAUAUAUACCGCCUCC